CGCGGCGGCGACGCCUGGGUAGGCAGCGUGGGAUUUUUUUUUUUCUCCCAUUUGUGGAGUAAUUAAAGAAGAGAGAUGAUAUUGAAAGCACUUGUGCUGCUGGGCUGUGCUCUGGGCAUCAGCACAUUCCCCAUGGAAGAACCUGAAGAUGGAGGCAAGCACUGGGUGGUGAUUGUUGCAGGUUCGAAUGGCUGGUACAACUAUCGACACCAGGCAGACGUGUGCCAUGCGUACCAGAUUGUACACCGAAAUGGAAUUCCAGAUGAACAGAUCAUUGUCAUGAUGUAUGAUGACAUUGCUGAUAAUGAUGAAAAUCCAACAAAAGGCAUUGUCAUCAAUAGACCUAAUGGCACAGAUGUGUAUGCUGGCGUGCCCAAAGACUAUACAAAGGAGGAUGUUACUCCAAAGAAUUUCCUUGCUGUUCUCAGAGGAGAUGUGGAAGCAAUGAAGGGAGUGGGAUCAGGAAAAGUAUUGAAAAGUGGUCCCAAGGAUCAUGUGUUUGUUUAUUUCACUGACCAUGGAGCUCCAGGACUUCUGGCUUUUCCUGAUGACGAUCUUCACGUGAAGGACUUGAAUAAGACUAUUUGGUACAUGUAUCGUCACAAAAAAUACCGGAAGAUGGUGUUUUACAUUGAAGCAUGCGAGUCUGGAUCUAUGAUGAAUCAUUUGGCUGAUAAUAUCAAUGUUUAUGCAACAACAGCUGCCAAUCCAAGAGAGUCAUCUUAUGCAUGUUACUAUGAUGAUGAAAGGCAGACUUAUCUUGGGGACUGGUACAGCGUGAAUUGGAUGGAAGAUUCAGAUAUGGAGGAUCUAAGAAAAGAAACACUCCACAAGCAGUUUCAGCUGGUAAAGAAACGCACCAACACCAGCCAUGUGAUGCAGUAUGGAAACAGAAGCAUCUCUUCCAUGAAAGUGAUGCAGUUUCAGGGCAUGGGGAAGAAAGCUAUCCCCAUUUCUCUGCCACCUGUAGAACACUAUGACCUGACACCUAGUCCUGAUGUGCCUUUUGCAAUCAUGAAACGAAAGCUGAUGGCUACCAAUGACAUUUAUGAGGCUAAGAAGAUUGCUGCAGAGAUGAAAACAUACCUGGAGGUGAAAGAAUUUAUCCAAGAAUCCAUGCGAAAGAUAAUCACCUUAGUAACAGGAUCAAAAGAACAGACCAACCAAAUUCUGUCAGACAGAUCGACCAUCAGCAAUUAUGACUGCUACCAGUCAGCGGUGAACCACUUCAAAGCUCAUUGCUUCAACUGGCACUUACCCUUGUAUGAGUAUGCACUGAGACAGCUGUAUGCCUUGGUCAACGUUUGUGAAGGAGGAUACCCCAUUGACAGAAUAUGCCUGGCCAUGGAUCAAGUGUGCCUUGGGUAUUGAUGGAAACAACAGUCCCUAAUAUAACCCUUACUACAAGUGAUAACUUUUCAUAACUGUAAUAAUCCAGACUUUACAUGCAUGCAACGUGAAGAGAGUCAACCACUGUACUGGAACUGCUGGGAGCUGAGGCACCUGACUGUGAGCAGUACAGCACUUGCUAGUGCUCUCCCCUGCAUCCCACCCUGCUGACAGCCUGCUGGUUUGACAGAGGCAUUUUGGCAGACCACCUGGAGCUUUCAAGAUGGAUGAUUUGUUUCCAAUUCCAAGCACAAUGCGCUUAAGAAUCUCUGGAUGAACACUACAAGCCACCUGUCAGUGAUUGCUAAAUCUAUGCUAAAUUUAAACACUGAGUCAUUAAUUCUGGAAAAAAAUUUUAUACUAUUGCUAACUACUAGCUUUUUUAAAAAAGUUAAUGAAUUCCAUUACAGUGACUGAUUUGCAGAUUGGUUAAAGAGUGAAGAAACCAAAGCUUGUUCUUUAAGCUUUAACUCCUUAACAGGUUAAAGAAAUGAGUUGCAUUCAAGAACUAUUGGAUGUGAAUAGCACAGUUAAACUGUGAACAGUUGAAGUAGUAAGAAGUAAAAGUCUUUGUGGGUAGAAAGCACUGUUUCCCAAAGAAAAACACAAAUAUCUAAUGCUGUAAAUUUAACACCAGUAUGCUAUAAUUAAAUGUAAAUACACACAAAUCUGUGGAAAAUUGUGAAGUACAGGAAUGGCCUGUGAAUAAAAAGAAGUCUCAUCAGCCUACAGGGCAAUACAGCGUUAGACAUCUUGUGUCUUGAAAAUGAAUGAGAGCUAAUUAAUUUUAUGGUGUUGCAUUAAAAGGUUAUCUAGCCCCUGUAAGACAGGUCAUAUAAAAAAAACCCCAAAUCAACAAAAACCAAAACAAACCCCAAAAGCAACAACAACAAAAAAUAUCAAAAGCCCAAAAUCACACUUGAAGGCACCACGCCUGAGAGGUGACUCAGUAAAUGACAGGCAGGGGGGAAAUUAGAGGUUAUGAGGUGAUUCAAAAUAGUUUCAGGUUGUCCCUACCUUUUUACAUGUGGAGACAGGAUACAGAAACACUUCAGGGUUUUUUCCAAAGUGUGUUAAAAUAUGCAAAAUUACCUCAUCUCCAUGGGAAAAGAACAAACUUUGGCAAAAACUAAACGAGCAUCUCCAGGAUGGAGAGAGUUCUGGGUAGCUCUACUCAGAGGACAGGGGUUGUAACUGAAACUACUUUUAUAUAAAGAAGAGCCAGACAAAGCCAGGAGCAUUAGCACUUUCAGCUGUCUGCUGAGUGAGAGAGAGAAAUCUCAGAGUACAGCUAGUGUCAAGGUGGAUGGGAAAAGGUAAAAGUAUGUGGAACUAGGCUUUACUGAAUUACGAAAUGAAAGUUUGCACCUUGGGGGUUGUUGAAAGUUCAGAGAUGUGCUGCUUUUGAGUUGCGUCUUGUUUCCUUUCAGCUGUAAAGCUGGCGUUUUUUAGCAGAAAUCUAAAGAGAAUGAAAUUCUUGAGUGCCUGAAUGUGUUGCAGGUGUUCCCCUGAUGGCAGGAGGAAGGGUUGGCCACACAGGACAGCUUUUAGGUAGUCUGGCUGCUAUCACAAGAGAGUGUACAAAGAGCCCCCAAUCACUUUGAAAGAACAGGAAAAAUUACUCCUUCAAAGCCCUGUUUGAAUAUAUACAUUAAAUCUGCUGUUUUACACAUCUUUGCUUUUAGAGUUGUUCUCUGCGCUAGAAAUCCAGCCUGCUUCUCAAGCACUUAGUGUCA